AUGGGUGUGAUGAAGCAACCCUCAGAUUCAAUAAGCCUGAAAUCGCCGAACCAUGAUCUAGGUGUGACGUUCCUCGCAGAACCCACGGUCGCCGUCAUCGAGAGCUCUUGGAGUCCCUACAAAGUAAGCCGCGUCACUAUGGCAAAGCAGGUGUAUGAGACCUUUGCUGGCAGCCAUGUCACCGAUGCCAUGCUCGUCGAAGCUGCGAAGCUCUUCAGCGAGAAUUAUGGGAUCUGGGGCGAACGGUCACACCAACCAGGAAAGCAUGUCAUGCUCAGUGCUCCUCGACUGCGAUCGCAAUACCUCCCCAGUACGGCUGCGACCUCCUAUGUCAGGGUAGUGGUUGAUGGAACCCUUGCCGGAAAUGUGUUCGCAUGCCGCUGGGAGUAUAAAGGCAAGACAGUUUGUUGGGUUACGCAAUUGGUGGUGGACAAGGAGUACCGCGAGCGUGGGCUUGCAAGCGGGCUGUUGAGAUCGCUCAGGCUGAACGUGGACGACGUGUACGGAAUCAUGAGCUCGCACCCGGCCGCGUGUCUGGCAGCUGCUGCUUGCUUCGGGACGACUAUCGAGAAAGUACCACUCGACUUCAUUGCCGAAAAUGCCGACCUACUCAUGAAAUCCUCGCCAAUACGCUACAUCCACGAUGCAAAGCUGUGUGGCUCCCUCUUUAACACCGAAGACUCCACGGGGCUUGUUUCAGGGGUGGACACCGGCUUCUUUGUAGAUCAUGGGGAGCCACUGGAAGCAUUAAGUCUCGUUCGGGAAACCUGGAACUGGCCGCUUGGGGAGCUGCCAGAUGGACACGAGUAUCUACUCAUCGUACAGGGCAAACAUCGCCGGUCAAGAUCUCGAUCAGUGCCCAAAUCAACUGAUCAGCAUUUGUCUGGUAAUUGA